AUGGCUAAACAUGAUCGACCAACCGGUCCGGGUGAUCUCAACACUGCCGAUCUCGAAAUCCUGAACGCGUUCAAUAGCGAGGUCAAUUACGCCAUCCAAAAAGAUCGCAACAAAUCAUGCGCGCCCGGAACGGGUGAUUGGUUCUUUCGUCACCAUCUGUAUGAGGAAAUGCAGAACGCGCGCGGCUCACGAUUGUUGUUUGUGAUGGCGGAGGCCGGCGGAGGGAAGUCGACCGUCAUGAAAACUCUUGUCGACCGCCUUCUUGAGCGCAGUGAGCCUGUGCUUGCCGCCUAUUUCUUCUUCAAGGAUGAUGUAGAUGAUCUGCGUAGCUAUGAGAAGGCUCUCAGUAGCUUGAUAUAUCAACUUCUUGUCCGAGAAAAGAAACUUGCGAAGCACGCUAAAGAGAUACACCAGAGAUAUGGAGAUGGUUUGAAAAAUGACACCAAAGCCAUGUUGGAGUUAUUGUCGAUCUUAUCCCAAAAAGCGGAGAGGGACGUUUAUUGCGUCCUUGACGGAGUGGAUGAAUGCGAAGCCAUCGACAGAAAUCAAUUGUUGGCCGAUUUGAAAUCCCUCUUCUCUGAUGUUGAUGAUUCGGCGUCGAGGCUCAAGAUUGUUGUCUCCUCGCGGCCAUACCAAGACGAGAACCACCCAUAUGCCGAUCUACUAGCAACACCCUCUCGCAUGAUCGGGCACCUUGCUGGAGAGAACGCCAAGGUUCAAUCGGAGAUCUUCAAAGUCAUCCAGUUCAAGGUGGAAAAGCUAGCUGAGGAGCGAGAGCUGGAUCAAGCGACUCAGACCAUGAUGGUGGAAAAGAUUUUUGCACAGAACCGACACACGAGAUCAUUCUUGGCGGUACAGAUGGCCUUUGAACUUCUGGAUUCCCAUCAGAGAAUGCACAAGGGAGCCGGAGAACGUACCAUCAACACAAUUCUAUCCGAAAUUCCUCAAUCACUGGGAAGCAAAUUCGAUGCGCUGCUUGACAGAAGUACUAACAAAGAACAUACGUGGAGGUUACUCUGCGUCAUUCUUGCCGCUCGAAAGACCCUCAAAAUUGAUGAAUUCAAGGUGAUAUAUGCUAUCACUGAACCGAGGGACUCCUCUGUCAGUAAAGUACAAUCCUAUGAUGAUUUGGAACUGCCCUCCGAUGACGACGAAUUCAAGCGGCUCGUGCGAUCAAGAUGUGGACUAUUCAUAACGUUCGUCAAGAAUUCCGUCCAUUUGUUUCACCAGACUGCCCGAGAGUACUUGAUCGAACGCAUUGAUCAAUCGCCAGAAUAUACAUCACCUCUGUUUUUGCAAACGACAUCUGGGCUUGCCCCGAGUGAUAGGUCUCUGUGGAAAGGUUCCAUCUCACUCUCGGAUUCAAAUAGAGUCUGUGCCUCGGUGUGCUUGAGUAUUCUCAGCUUUGCGGUGCCGAAGAAAUUGCCCUUUGAAGUAUUCGAUAACAUGGAAGCAGGGAAUAAAAUUGAAGAGGAUUUCGCGGAUAACGACACGGAAGGUCUUAGGGGCUUCAUUUCCGCCCGCCCGUUUUUCACUUACGCGGCUUGCAACUGGCAUGAACACAUUUCACUCGCUGGAGACUCUGCAUUUCAAUUGCUCAAGAAUGAAUCAUACGGCGCUGGUUUUGAUAUUAGCAAGCCACAGUUCUGGGCUUGGUUCCUCACCUUGGCAGAUUGUGUUUGCUCAAGCACCGUAAAAAAGAGGCCGCCCGUCUCACAAAUCUGGUCGAAAGACAGUGCCGAGGUUUCCAGUGAGCUUGGAGAGUUUUUGCGCGAGAAUUGCCUGAAAAAGAUCUUUCCAAUGGAUAAAAAAGUGAGAGCCCUGCUCGAUGUAUCAGGCAGGUUUGUUUCAGGCCAGGCGUUCCACCUGGCCAAUGGAGACUACCAAUAUACCAGCUCAGGGAGAGCAGUUGAGGCUUUCGAGAAUGGCGAUGCGGAACGAGCCUCUGUGCUCCUAGCCAAAGUCCCCCAUCACACGUUAAUUUGGACCGCCAUCACCACUGGCACGCCUUCGGCUCUUCGAGCAGCACUUGCCAGUUCCAAAGAUCUCUCAUGGCUCCAGAUUGUACCUGACCAUAUCCUUUACAAGCGCAGGAAAACUACGGGCUGGUCUAGUUGGAACGGAAAAGACUUGAGAAAGUCACGAGAAGGCGGAUGGACAGGCACAUGUCCUCCUAGCUUUGUCGUCCUGCUAAGAGUUAGCAUGCUGGAUGCUAGCGUCCCGGUGUUUGCAGCUUUGGCGGACUGGAUAGACCGACAGGUAGAGAAACAGCUCUAUGCCCAGCAGCUGUGGCAGGCUGGGGGGUUCAUCAUUCCAACACUCUCUUCCCGACUGGUGGGAUCAGGAGCCUCGGUAGACUGUGAUUUGUGGGAAGAUGGUACAACUGGCCUCCACGUUGCAUGCUCUUUCUGGAUGCAUGACGCCAUCCAAAGCUUGGUGCAGAAUGGCGCAGAUCCUACGAGACUUACCCCCAAGGGUUACAACGCGCUUCACUCUUUCUUCCAACAUACAAAGAUCCCGCGGGACACCUAUGAGUCAAACGUUGAAAGGGAACAAGCGACUUACUUCUUCAAUAAGUCUCGAAUCAACCAGUCAAUUGAUGCCAUCACUACGGGCAAUUUCAGCAAGGAAUCGCUCAUCAGCCGGCAGUGUCAUCAGGGCUUCACACCUCUUAUGUGCGGAGUGCGAUCGACGAGAUCAUCUGGUACAGCGAUAAAGCGCAUCCUGGACCACGGUGCGGCUCCAGACCAGCAAGAUGAAAAAGGUCGUACUGCGCUCAUGUACUUCUUUUUCGAUAGUGAUGAAUUUGUGGAUAAGGACACUUCUAUUCUUAAACAUCUCCUACAUGCUGGCGCAAGUCCUCUUACCAUGGAUAGGUCAGGAAACUCCGCGCUGAGCUAUUGGGCGGCUACCACUGCUACGGUGAAUCUGGAUUAUCUUUCCGCCGGGUUCAAUACUUACAACAAAAGUUUUCAUGCCCUUGCAAAUAACGGAUCGGUGUCAUUCCAAGAUCUUGCGGUAGAGCUGAACAGGAUCAAGGUUCCGCUUGUUAUUGCUUCCCGGCUCGGCAACGCUCAGCUGUGUUCAGCUCUGCUUGCUGGAGGAGCAGAUCCAAACCAGAAGGAUGAGGCAUAUACUUCGUUCUUCCGUCGCCACAGGGAAAAAGACUCCGAUAAAGAACCUGAAGAAAAUGAGAGUACCGUGGAAUGGAACCCGCUACUAACCGCGCUGCAAUGUCGGGCGUAUAAGACUGCUGCAAUACUGAUCGAACACGGCGCUGACAUCAACUUCGAAUUGAAAAAACGCAAGAGACGCAGACACAAUCGUUACAUCUUCGUACAGGGCGGGGGUACACCUCUUCAUCUUGCAAUUGCCGCCCGAGAUCGGGAUUGGGUUGGUACUUCCAACAGACUGAGCCUGUCCCACGGCGGCGGAGAUAACAAAGCCUGCUUUUUCCGUGGAGGAGUGAGCCAUGACAUGGAUGAUAGUUUGCUUGCUCUUGCUCGCUGGCAAAUGCAGCAGUAUGUGAACCCUCGUGACCAGGAUGAGGAAGAUUCGGAUCCUGAAUGCGAGAUAAGACGUCAGAUGUAUGCAAAUGAUAGUCGAGGUGCCAAUCUACUGCCAUAUGAUCGGACUCAGGAAGUUUUAGGCGUCCCUGCAAAUCAAUAUCUUGCUGAAAUUGUAACUAGGACUUCCUCGUUGGAACAACAACAAGAGGCUUUAGUGAGAUAUAUGCUGUCGAAAGGUGCUUCAAGCAACGCAUGUACGGUAAGAAGAAUGAGUCUUCUUAUGCUUGCGGUGAAAGAGAAUCUCUUGAACAUUGUGGAGAUUCUUUUGGAGUACGGCGCGGACCCGAAUGUUGCAGAAGUUGGUGGUGCUACUCCUUUGAUGGUAGCCGCCCGGCACAAUGAACCUGCCAUUGUUGAACGACUCUUGAGAUCAGGUGCCAAUCCAAAUGCGCAGCUGGACGUUAAGGAUCCUGACAAAUGCAAGUGCCAGGGCUUUAUAGAAUGGGGUAGUUGGAGUCAUCGAACCUGCGAUGCACCGUAUACUGCAUUGGCGCUGGCUGUGGCGUGGGGACAUAAGGACGUUGUCGAGCUUCUACUCAAGCACGGCGCCGAUCCAAAUAUAAAGAUUACGCAUCACGCCCAUGGAAGACUGCCGUCGAAGCAGGACAUGAAGCGGAGGAAAGGCUCCUCGUCUUCGUCUGAUGAUGAGUCGGAUCCAGAGCCAGAGGAGUGGAAAGGUUACAUUUCCGUCGGCACUGCUCUAACAUGGGCCAGGGCGGAAGUACGUGAUGUGCUUUUGUGUUAUGGUGCAAAUUCGGCGGAGGAAGAUGUCACAAGAGAAUGCGACUGCAUCAUCGAGCCCCAGCCCGACCGUCGCGAUUUCCUGUUUUCAGAUGAUGAUGAGAUAGAAGAAGAGUAA